AAUGCAAGAAUUAGCGGUUACAAGACAAAAUUUUUUUAAUGCAUUUGAGGUUACGAACGAAGAACGGCUUGAUAACGAUAACAGUCUCCCAACAAUGCACUAUACGUGAACUUUCUGAAGAAAUAGAAAGAAAGACAGGAAUUGAGGUUGCCAAACAAAAAAUCUUGUAUGGCUUUCCACAAAGAGAACUGCGAGCAGACGCAGACAAGCCUGUUGAAAGUGUGCUUCAAAGUGGAGACUCUCUGACCGUUGAUAAGUUAUCUGCAGAAACUGAGCAGGAAAGGACUGUUGAAUCAAGUCCUGCGUCAACGGAGAACGCCUAUGUCCGACGAAAAGUACCAGAUGAUAACUCGUGUUUAUUUCACGCCAUUUGUUACGUUUUUCGAAGUGGUUCUGUGGCACAGUUAAGACACAUUAUCUCAGAAACUGUUCGGCUGAACCCAGAUUUGUAUACAGAGGCGUUUCUUGGAAAGUCAAAUCACGAAUACAGCAGAUGGAUUCUCUUACCGGAAACUUGGGGUGGAGCAAUAGAACUUUCUAUUUUGAGCAAGUAUUUUCAAACAGAAAUAUCAGUGUUUGACAUACAAACUUUGCGCUUAGACCGUUAUGGUGAAGCGGAGAAUUACGAGGAACGGGUCUUUUUACUCUACGAUGGUAUUCACUAUGAUCCGAUUGCAAGAGCUUUUCUAGGUGCAUCUCGUGAAUAUGACGUUACAGUAUUUAAGAUAUGGGACAAUGAAGCUCUAGUAGGUGCAAAAUCAGUGGCAGAAGAGGCAAACAAGAAUAGGCAGUAUACCGACUUGGCAAGUUUCACUCUCAUGUGCAGAAACUGUGGUGCAAAGUUGAAAGGAGAAACAAGUGCAGUGGAACACGCGAAGCAGACUGGUCAUACCAAUUUUACUGAAGCAUAGAUGUUUCGUUAAAAUAGAUCCUAUACAAGUUUUGAAAUAAAACUAUAAUAAGAGUU